GCAGCGCCGCAAGGCGGAGGCAGAGUCGCGCGCAUGAACGUGAGGGAACAUCUCGCUCUUUUUUCUUUCUCUCGUCUUUUUUCCUACGAAAGAUGGCUUGCCAGGGGCUAGGGCCGAACGAGACCCUGGCGACGCUAAAGACGGAGUCGGAGACGCUGAAAACGAAGCUGGAGGAGGAAAGAGCCAAGCUGCACGACGCUGAACUCCAUCAGGUGGCGGAGAAGGUGGAGGCUCUCGGACAGUUCAUCAUAAAGACCAGACGCACCCUCAAGGGGCACGGUAACAAGGUGCUGUGUAUGGACUGGUGUAAGGACAAGAGGAGGAUCGUGAGCUCCUCCCAGGAUGGUAAAGUGAUUGUUUGGGAUGCAUUCACUGCUAAUAAGGAGCAUGCUGUGACCAUGCCCUGUACCUGGGUGAUGGCAUGUGCUUACGCCCCCUCUGGUUGCGCAGUGGCCUGUGGUGGUUUGGACAACAAGUGCUCUGUGUACCCCUUGUCCCUGGACAAGAAUGAGAAUCUGGCCGCCAAGAAGAAGUCUGUGGCCAUGCACACCAACUACCUGUCAGCAUGCAGCUUCACCAACUCUGACAUGCAGAUCCUGACAUCCAGCGGCGAUGGAACCUGUGCCCUUUGGGAUGUGGAAAGUGGGCAACUAUUGCAGAGCUUCCAUGGACAUUCGGCAGAUGUGCUGUGCCUGGAUCUGGCUCCCUCUGAGACGGGCAACACCUUUGUCUCAGGGGGCUGUGACAAGAAGGCUAACGUGUGGGACAUGCGAUCGGGACAGUGCAUCCAGUCCUUUGAGAGCCAUGAGUCGGACAUCAACAGUGUCCGGUACUACCCCAGCGGAGAUGCAUUUGCUUCAGGUUCUGAUGAUGCCACAUGCCGUCUCUUUGAUCUGCGGGCAGACAGAGAAGUAUCAGUCUACUCCAAAGACAGCAUCAUAUUUGGAGUUUCCAGCGUGGACUUCUCUCUCAGUGGACGACUGCUGUUUGGUGGCUACAAUGACUACACCAUCAAUGUGUGGGAUGUGCUGAAAGGAACUAGGGUAUCCAUCCUCUUUGGUCAUGAGAACCGCGUCAGCACUCUCCGUGUGUCCCCGGAUGGGACGGCGUUUUGCUCUGGGUCCUGGGACCACACUCUGAGGAUCUGGGCCUGAGGAACUGGUACUGUGGAAGAACAGAGUGACAGUGUGACUUAGCACUGCACUAUAGUCAUUUUAUCGGAAUGUUCACUUAUGUUGGUGGUAUUCCACUGUUUUCUUGGGAUAUGUGUGGAAACACGGACAUGGCUUGUUUUUCAUAGUGUUUUCUAGAACGAGAUGUUGUUAACCAUAUAUGUACAUACACUUCCGUGGCAUGUGCAUGUGUGGUAAGAAUUCUGUUGCUAUUUUUGACCUUUGCUUGAUAUCAGUAAUAACUUUUUUUGACCCAGCUGUUUAAAUUAAAGACCUUUUUCUACACUUGGAAGAAAAUCAUAAGGUGGCCAUACUGUGAGAAUCAACUAUUUUUUAUGUCAUUUGUAACUGUUAAAAUACAGUCAGAGCUGAUGAGAAUUUAAAGCCUUUUUUGGUGGUCACAACUUUUGAAGGUCAAAACUAUAUGGAUACUUGUUGCAUGAUAAUGUGUAUAUUCUAUGAUUUGGGUUUCUAAUUGCACCUGCUAAAUAUAAACAUUUUAUCAUAUGAAUGACAUUUUGGAUCCUGGGCAUAUAAAAACCAUUGACUAAUAGUAAUAUCUUCUGCUUCUUAUACCUUUUUGAACACCUAAUUACAGAUGAUCCCCAAUUUACGAUGGGGUUAUGUUCCGUGAAACCCAUCGGUAGUCGAAAAUGUAUUU